GUGCCGUUGUAGGCGGGCUAUAGGGGCUGACCGCAGGAACAUCUCAGCCUGUCGCUCAAGGAUAUCGAACAUUGAGAGCUCGCAUCGGUCUGACAGGGGGGCUGCUCUCAGACAGAUGUGAGCUCUCAAUGAGAUCUUUUCGGUCUUUCACUAUCAUCGGCUUCUCGGUAUAAGUAUCCCACCGCGUUGCCCUUCUCACCAUCUCCCUUUCCAUUCCCAUCCAACACCUCCCUUUCCCUCGUCCUCUGGCUCUCUCCCCCUGCUUCGCUUUCCCGUUUUCUCGAGCCAUUUACCAGGGUCUUCCUCUAUCACAACUAGCCCUCCAUCCUUCUCUUAGUGACACUCCUUUCAUUAUCUCGGAACGACAUUUCUCACACGAACACACGAUCACCACCUCCGCCCUAUAUACGCUUGCGCCAAAAUGAAGGUUUCCACCGCUUUUGUUGCUCUUGCCGUCGGUGCCGCCUCGCCGCUCUUUGUCUCCGCAAGCCCCGUGCCCGCCGGUGACCAAAGCCCUUCCCUCGCAGGCAGCCCUGUCGGGUUUGGUUCCGUUCCAGACACUGGCGUCUUUCCUUCCACUGGGGGCGUCCACCCUGACGACCUGGUCGACCAGGCGGAAGCUCACAAGCCAUCUGUCAAUGCUCCUACGGCUUCCAAAGCUUCUAAGGCUGCUCGUGGCCUCCUCUCUGUUAACGGCUCAAGCAGCGGCAAGAACCCCAAUGCCGGUCUUGGACUCCUAGGACUUGGCUCAGCGUCCAAUGUCGUCUCCGGCGCUGGCAUCUCGGAGGGUACCGUCGGUGGCGCCGAGAAGAACCUCGGUGGUCUCAUCAACCUGUCGCACGUAAAUGGCGUAGCCUCCGGCAAAGUCCCCACCAGCAAAGCGCCAUCUUUGCUCGAUGUCGAUGGCCCUAAAAACGGCCAAGAUGCCCACACUCUCCAGGCUACGCUCAACCUCUGCAGCCUCCUGGGUAUCAACUGCCCUACCCAUGUCCCUAUCCGCGUCAAGGGAACGUCAGGCGGCAAGCACCACGGCGACAACAAGAAGUACUCGGGCUCAGGCAAGAAGUCUGGGGGCUCGGGCAAACAUUCCGCCGGCUCGGGCAAACAUUCCACCGGCUCGGGAAAGAAGUCCAGCGGCGGCAAGAAGACCAACAACAAGUCUGCCUCCGGCAAGACGCAGAUUAACAAUCACGUUGGGCAGCACGGUGGCAGCGCCGUUGCCGGCAAUGGUGGCACUGCCAAUGGCGGCAAGGCUGACUGUUCAGUGAGCGGGGGCCUCAUCGGUCUUUCGGCUCUUAACUUCAACAGCUGCAACGGCGGCCUUGGCGGCUCGGCCCUCGGCGGUAACGCUAUUGGCGGUGCUGGCGGCGAGACAAUCAGCAAGCUUCUUGGUCGUGAUGCCACCGAUGUCCUCUCGAACGUCGUCAACUCUCAGCACAUUCCCGUCAACGCCCGUGCCAUCCCCGCUGGAAUUCCUGCUGGAGUUCCUGCUGGAGUUGCUUCCGGUGUUCCUGCCAGUAUCCCCGCUGGAGUCCCCGCUACCGGCGUCCCGUCUACGUCUGCUCCUCAGCAGGCUCACACCCAAGCACCUCUCAGUGAACGCGCCAACGAGUUUGAUGCCGCUAUCGACACGUCCGCUAUCAAUGCGCCUGCUCUCAACUCCCGCAGUCUUGCUCUUGGUGGCUCCGCCAUCUCUGGUAACGGCGGGUCCGCCAAAGGUGGUGCCUCCGACUCGAGCAUCAGCAACGCCCUGAUCGGCAUCGACGCCCUGAACUUUGGCUCCAACAAUGGCGGCGCUGGAGGCCUUGCCAACGCUGGUAAGGCGAUCGGUGGCAAAGGCGGCAAGAAAAUCACUAUCCAUCACAACAGCCGUGACGUCGCUGCCGACGCUGCUGCCGAUGCCGCUCAAGUCGAGCAGAUCGUCAACACGCGUGACUUCCAGCUCGAUGAUAAUGCCGACGGUCUUUCGAGUUCCUACGAUGCCCGCGCGGUCAACAUCCAGACCAACGCCGAAGGCACCGAGUACCACUUCGACGCCCGCGAUGACAACUUUGAAGUCAACGUCGAUGUCCCCCAACAAAGCUCUCAGCGCCGCGCCCUUCCCGUAGAUCCCGCUGCUGGUGCCUCGCCGGUUCUCGCUCAGUUCAACAAUGCUGCCAAGCCUUACGUCCAGGUUGGUCACCGCGAUCUGACCUUGGGCGCCGAGUUUGGCGACUCCUCGAGCGCACCUACUGCCAGGGACAUCGCCUACUCGGUUGCCAAGUCUGGCGACGGCUACGCUGCCUCUGAAACUGACGGUACGCGCGACACGUCUGCUACCAUUGCUCGUCGCCACGACACUACUGUGCACGAAGCUGUCACCGGCACCGAUGUCGACAUCAACAACGUUGAGAAGCGCACCUGGCAGAACCAGCAGGACAACCACGGCAAGGCCAGCCACGGCCGUGUGACCAUCGCAAACGGUGGAAAUGGCGGCAACGCCAAGUCUGGCAAUGGUGGUCAGGCCAAUGGAAAUGCGUCCAACAAAGGCCACACCGGCUCCGGCGCUGGCAGGGGCAAACAGGCUUACCACAGUAACACCCACGGGCGCUUCCAGACGAUCACGACCGACAACGGCCUCAUCACAAUCAACAUGGAAGAUCUGGAGGCGUUCCUUGGCGAGCAGUUGCUUGGCUACCUCGCCACGCACUCGCAGAAGUCUGGCAAGCAUUACUUUGUCGCGAGCAACCUCCGCCAGAGCAACCAGAACAGCGGCAACGGCGGCAGUGCCAACUCCGGGCCAGCGCGCGGGGGCGAUGGCGGCAACGUAAACAUCAGCGAACACUGAGACUACAGCUACUGUCUCAUUCGGGCUCCCAUUGCAUAACACUGACCAGCGUUAACGCUCACCAAGAUGGUUUAAUGACGCCAUGAUCCUUCACGCCUUCCGCCUCGCUACAAUGGCCUUUUCGCACUUCUCUUUCCCCUUUGGUUCCAACUCCAUGACAUGAUGACCUAACCCUUGCGACCGCGGACCGACUCUUCUGUUCCUGCGGAGA